CUGAACCAUACAACUCAUCCGUGUUUCACCGAGCUCUCCUGCUCGCUCUCGAGUCCGUGUACGGAUUUUGCCCAACUCCAUACACAGCUCUACCACCAGAGACACACCUGACCUAUGGUUAUCGACUUUCCAAACCACCCUUUUCUGCCCUGCCCUACUGAGCAGGUCGCGCCCCUUCGCAAAACACACCUUGUGAUUCCGAGCCACACAGCAACAGAAGCUUCCCCCGCGUCGAACCCAUCCGAACCACUCCAAGACAGCUCGAGCUCACUCAACCAUACUAUACGCACACACACAAACACACACAAGCACACACACAACCCUUCAAAAUGGUAGGAACGCGCUCAUCCUCGGGAGCCCUAGCGCCAGGCCUGAAAACACCCACCACCCUCACCCGCAGGCGCGACAAGAAAUCACCCUCCCUCAUCACCCACGGCUGGUCCCACGCGCCCAGCAACAUAACCCUCGCCUGGCUAGCCAUCUCGCUGCCCCUCGUCACCUGGGACACAGGCUACGUGCUGGGCCGCCCCGCAACCAUGCCGGGCGGCUGGGCGCACAGCCCCGUCUGGAAGCCCUACGACCUCUACGGCAACGUCGACCACAUGUACGGCUUCAAGCAGUGGAACCUGGGCAACGGCUUCACCGCCGCGCAGGCCUGGCUGAACGUCGUCGAGUCGCUCAUGUACCUUGCCUACAUCGCGCUGUGGUACCGGGCCGGCGGCGCGGUGGGCGGUGUCAACGCCUCUGCCGGUGCUGUGCAGGCGAGGAGGCGGGUCGCUGGACGCGCGGGCGCGCUGGCUGUUGUGGUUGGGCUUGCCGCGUCUGUCAUGACGGUUAGUAAGACGGUGCUGUACUGGCUGAACGAGUACUUUUCUGGUUUCGACAAUAUCGGCCACAACAAGCCGUGGGACCUGAUCCUGUUGUGGAUUAUUCCCAAUGGCCUUUGGCUGGUUGUUCCGUCAUACAUGAUCUACCAGAUCGGAUCCGAGAUUAUCGACGCCAUUACCAUCGCAUCCCAAGCUACCGGGUCAGCUAAAGACGAGUGAUGUACGCUGAGAACAUGUAGCAAGAGGAUGUUGGCUGUAUGUACACCAUGGCGGAGAUGUUCCAGUGUCACAUAAUAUUCUCUUCGACUGUCUUUGCUUGCAUCAUAUGGCGCACGCAAGGCGCUGCUGCUAUUCUGCCUGUACUCUCAGUGCAACGAUUGGGUCUUGAACACAUCCAGCAGCACGUCGGAUAUAUUGAUUUAAAGAGGUGGAACUUUUCUUCUUUUGUUUAAUUAAGUGCUUUUGAGUAUUAAUACACUUGUUGGCUGCUAGACAGCUGCCGCAGGGCUGCGGUCCUUUGGGGCAAAACAAAAACAAAACAAAACAAAAAACUGGCGGGUAUCUCAGAAACAUAAGAAACAAAAUGGAAUGUGGUCAAACGAGUGAUGAUGGCCAAUCAGGCACAAAAUGGUUGCGUCCGGCGCCAGAAUUCUCUCCAAACUCCUGAUCCUGCCCCUGUAUCUUCCCAAGCCAUUCAUUUCAACGGUUGGAUGGGCUGGAAGCCUCCAAGAUCCGUAAAUUGUUCCCACGUACAGGGCGGAGGGACCUCCGACGCGCUGUGCACCAUCCGCUCCCAGUCGCUGGACCCGCGCAGGCUGUC